AUGCGGUUCUCCAUGCUCAACAUCCAAAGGCUCGUCCUUUUGAGCGCUUUUGGCCUAAGUGCCGUAAAGGCCCAAACCGGUGACCUUGGCGCAGAAGAUGGCCUUGGGCCAGUAAAUGACUCUGGCCCAGAAGUUGACACUGGCCCAGAAGUUGACCCUGGCCCAGAAGUUGACCCUCACCCAGAUGAUGACCUUCGCGACGGAGAUGAAGAGGAUGAUGUUUGGAAGAAUUUCGGAACGGUCGAUCCUUGGCGACUACCCGCUAAUUAUAAAGAAGGAGAUGGCGACAAAGCCGGCUCUGUGUUCCUAGUGCCCUCGGGUUACCGUAUCCGAUGCGGCGUCGUCCCUUAUGACAACAACGGCGAAAUUUGGAUGAUUCCAGUCUCCAAAUCCUUCAAAGAGAUCGGCUACAUUCUCCCUCGCGGCGGGUACGAUUCGGACAAGGAUCAUUCUCUCGCAGACUGUGUGCUGCGAGAGUCGGAAGAAGAAGCCGGCCUCAUAAUCGACAGAAACUCCUUGAUUCCUCUGGGACUCGGCAACCACAGUGCGGUAUACUGGUACAGGGGCAAAAUAACCGAGACCGGCACACCUACCGAGGGUCGAAGUCUGCCGCCAAAGAACUUUACCAUCGAUGGUACGCGCGAGCAGCUGCGCAAGCCUCUUAAGAAGCCGUCAAAGAAGGCAGACAUGCGCCAAGCGUUCCACAAUGCUGCGACUGCGGAUGAGUCUAAGAGCUAUGCGUUGACAUUCGCGGCGAAUGGGGGCGCCACAACUGGCGGCUCGGCUUCAUCGGGUAAUUCAGGCUACUCAACGGAGGAUGAAGAUAAGUGGAAGGUGAUCUACAAUGAUGGAUAUACCAACGGCGAACAACCUAUUGUCAAGAUUUGGUGCGAUCCUCUAGAUUUCAAAAUCGUCGCCAAAGGGGCACGGCCAAACCAAGCGCCAACCGGCUCGAGUCUCAGCUCAAUCAUGCUGGAGCUGUGGAAGGCGACAGGUGUGAGCAUCACGGAGAUCAAGUCCAUCGAGUUCUGGGAGGUCGUCGACCUAGACACGGAAACCGCGAUCAGCGACGCACGCACCGAGCUCAACGGAGAUGGCGGAGGUUUCACCACGACUAACGAAGUGGGUGAGGAAAAGGCUUGGAGCAAGCUGAAGGAUAGCUCUUAUGGAAAAGUGGCUGCACAAUUAUCUAAGGAUCUUAGUAAUAAUUUCGCUGCGAUCACUGUAACCGGCGGCGAUGAUCCAAGCAUCCUUUUCCUGUUCAAGUCAUAG